UGCUCCUUCUAAAUACCGUGUUCGAGUCGAUGACCGUAGUGCUAGUUCUUUAGUUCGAGCGAUUUAACCUUGGGAGCAUCCGUCAAGCGACUCGAGAUUGCACUACGUCAAACCAACGGCACCUGUGAUUGACCAAUCAUCUGCCAAUCACAACGGAUCUCAAGUCCGACGUGGGCGGCAGUGCAGGACCAAGCAGUCAAGGUAGUCAUGGCGAGACUGACUGACUACUCGGUGCAGAUUAAGAGCGAACGAGGUUGCUCAUGGGGUUGCGCGGUGAUCUUGCCCGACGCGUCUGCAUCUCGCCACGUCAUUGCCGUUGGCGAACCGGUUAUUUCAACCUUCAAACCUUCAAUCCGUCAAGCCGGUUGGCACGACGGUUUCGAGCGAGUCCUUUCGCAUCUUCUUCUGUAAACUUCAACGUGGGAUAUGAGCGCGAAAGGCCACGCUGUCGUCUGUAGCGAGUGCGACGACCAGCCCGCGACGCUCGCGUGCGCCGAGUGCCACGAGCCCGACGACAGCAACAACAACAACAGCAGUACGAACGGCGAGACGAAGCUCUGCCACGGGUGCUCGCUCCUACUGCAUUCGCUCAAGAAGCGGCGCUACCACCAUGUGCGACCGCUCGCCGACACCGAGACGACGAGCGCUGCGCCCGAACCCGCGACGUGGCACCCGACGGCGUACGACAUUCCGGACUUUGAGGAGCUCGAAGUCGUUUUGCCCAAGCUGCCCGACGGCACAUUGGGCAUCGACAUUGGCCAAGUCGACGGCGUCUUUGUCGUGCAGCGCAUUUCGCGCGAAAAAGAUGCGUCCGCGCUCGCGGUUGGCGACGCCAUCGUGCGCCUCCAAGGCCGACCUGUCCACAACGUGGUGUUUGCCCAGCUCCUGCACUUGCUGCAUCGCGAGCCUUUGACCGUCAAGCUGCUGGUCGUGCGCGGCCACGACACACCCAGCGCGCUGUUGCAUGCGUGGCUCAAGCUCAACGUGGCGCGGGACCAAGCCGCCCAAGAGCGCAGCAAGGAAAUCAUUGCGCUGCAGCAAACAACGUCCGGCCAUUACCAGCUGCAGCCCAACGACGCCAACCUGGAUCUGAUGUUUGAGGAUGCGGCCGUCUCGGACGCCAAGGUGCCCGUGAUUUCAUUUUUGGGCAACACGACCGCGGGCAAGUCGUUUUUGAUUCGCGCGCUCAUGGGCGACCACGAAAUUCGGCCGUUUUGCUUUGACGAAGACAAGAUGUGCAGCACGACGGCCAACGCCAACAUGUACUCGUCGACGUGCGUCGUGCCCAACGAGCGCGCCAACGUCAUCGAUUUUGAAGGCGAGAACGGACUCACACCAUUUAUGAACAUGGUGUUGCGCACCAAACACCUCUUUCACUCGAGCAAGGCCGAGACCAAGCAACGGCACAUGGCGGUCCAAAAGUACUUUCCAAAAAUCGCCUACUUGCUCAGCGACGUGAUCGUGCUCGUGGGAGAUACGAGUCUAGUCAAUAAGGACUACUUUACACGCUGCCGGGACUUUGCGAUCAAGGCCAACGUCGGCAUCUCCGAGACCAUGUGCCGCCCGUCGAUGCUCAUCGUGCACAACAAGUGCAGCUUGACCGCCAACUUUAGCGUCGAGGCAACGACCGCCGAGUUUAUGCAGGCGCACAUUUACGACGAGUACGACGUCGUGUUAGCCGAGACAGGCCCGGUCGGGCUCGACCUCCAUCUGGCUUCAAACAGCAACAACAAUCUCGACGUCGCCAGCUUUCCCGCGGUCGAAGCGCUGGCAGCCGACGGCGUGGCCGCAAAGAGUGGCAACAUUCACCUCCACGACCUGCUCGUCGCGAUUGGCGGCGUCUCCACCGAGCUUCUCGGUUUGAACAAGGUCCAAGAACUCCUGGAGACCGCGUCCCGCCCCGUCGCGAUCACCUUUCGGUCGGCCGACCUCCUCAAUUCCGAAGCCAAAGGUUUUCUCGAGUACUUUGCGGACGUCAAGUGCGUGCGCGUGCCGCGGGGCGACAUUCGCCAAAACAUCCGCGGCAAGUGGUACAACGGCGACGAGAUCCUCGACCAGCAGCUCGUCGCGAUCCACCAAAUCUUGAGCGACAUGAGCGCCAAGCAAAAGGCGAUGCGAACCGACAUUAGCGUCGGCGAGCGCGGCUGGUUCUUCCUCCUCCGCUCGAUCGUGACCCAAGUCGCGAACGAGCAGCCCGUAUCGUUCGCGACGCUUCUCAACGACCUGCUCUCGACGGGCGACCGCGACGUCGAUCGCAUAUAUCCUUUUCCUUCUUUUCCUUGGAUAUACACUAUAUUUUCAAAAAUCCACAGCAUUCCUUGACGACAGGGAUGACGUACGACGGCCACCUUUGUGCGUGUCUACGAGCGCUUCCCGCGGCGCGACGCCGACUGGUACCGGCUCUGCAUUGAGUUUACGCUCGAGCUCUUCCAGCGCAUGAUCGCCUUCAACAUGCGACGCAAAGCGCACGCGUCCAUAUUGACCAAAGAGACGGUCUCGGCGCAGGCCAAGAAGAGUCUGUCGCUUCUGCUCAAGAGCGUCCAGCGCUUCUUGCCGUGCGUCGCGUCGUGUCCGAUGGCCGAGGGCCACCGUUGCGGCCAGCACCGCAUGUUCCAUGUUGGCGCCAAGAGCUGCCACCGCACCGCGGUCAAGGUGCCCCGGUCCGGCGGGCGCUGGGACCGCUGGCUCAGCGAGCUUGACGGUGGCCGCCACUUGGUGUGGGAAGGCGCAUUUGAAGCGCCGACACUGCCCGCGUCGUACUUUGAUGCUGUCUACUGGGAAGACACUUUUGUGCAUGGCGUGCUGGCACACUUGUUUGCUGGCGACGUGCAACACACAACGUCGAUGGACCAGACCGAUGAACUGCUCUUGCGGCUCCUUACGAGCUACCGCGGCGCGCUCAUGCUUGACUUCAAGGUGUUUUCGGAGAACGCGCUCGGGCACAUUCCGUGCACGCGGUGCUUCAAAGGCUGUGACGCCAAGGCGACCGUCGCGACCACGAUGAAGGAGCGUCUUUUGCAGCUGCACUCGCGCAUUGAGCUGCUCUACUUGGCGCCGUACCAGCUCGGUGUGUGUGCGCAGUGCAAGCCGUUCUUUACCGAUCUCGGUUUGCUACCAGCGUAAUUGUCGACGCUCGUGCGAGUGUAUUGACUAAAAGUCGAGUAAACAUGUCUUACAUCCCAUCGCA